AUGGUUGUAAACGCUUUUAUGCUUCAACGCAAAUAUCCUCAAUUGCAAGUAAAUGAUAUCAACUCUCUUAUUGAUAGAUUUAGUGAAAUCGACUUAGAUCAGGAUGGUUAUCUUGACCAAAAAGAAAUUCAAAAAGCAUGUAAGGAAUCUGGUUAUAGUGAUAAUUAUGAUGAAAUCCGUGCCACCCUUAAAGACGUUAGUACAAACGCUUCUGGAAAAAUUGAUGUCGAAGAAUUUAUAGAGCUUGCAGCAAAAUUGAAGGAUGGACGUAAUAAGGGGGCCUUUGAUGUACACCAAAAUAAAAUCAAAGUACAUGGUACUAAUACAAACGUAACACAUACUAUUAACGAAGAUGAACGUACUGAAUUUACAAGACACAUUAAUGGUGUGCUUGCUGGAGAUGCUCAUAUAGGAAAUCGUUUACCUAUUCCAACGAAUACGAUGCAACUUUUUGAUGAAUGCAGAGAUGGUCUUAUUCUCUGUAAACUCAUUAAUGACGCUGUUCCAGAUACAAUUGAUGAACGUGUCUUGAAUACUGGAAAGAAAAUCAAUAACUUUCAAAUGGUUGAAAAUAAUAAUAUUGUUAUAAAUUCUGCAAAGGCCAUUGGUUGUUCAGUUGUUAAUAUUGGUUCAACAGAUCUUAUCGAGGGUCGUGAACAUUUAAUUUUAGGCUUAAUUUGGCAAAUUAUUAAAAGGGGGCUUUUUAGUAAUAUUGAUAUUAAGAGACAUCCUGAAUUAUAUCGUUUAUUGGAAGAAGAUGAAACACUUGAAGAAUUUUUGAAAUUGCCUCCUGAUCAAAUCCUGUUGAGAUGGUUUAACUAUCACUUAAAGGCAGCUGGUUGGGAAAGAAGAGUAAAUAACUUUUCUAAAGAUGUUGCUGAUGGUGAAAACUAUACUAUCUUGUUAAACCAACUCAAGCCUGAAUCUUGUUCUCGUGCUCCUCUUCAAGAACGUGAUUUACUUCGUAGAGCUGAAAUGAUCUUGGAUAAUGCUGAAAAGAUUAAUUGUCGUAAAUAUUUAACCCCUACUGCUUUGGUUGCUGGAAAUUCUAAAUUAAACUUGGCUUUCGUUGCCCACCUAUUUAAUACUUAUCCUGGUUUGGAACCUUUAACUGAGGAAGAGGCUCCUGAGAUUGAAGAUUUUGAUGCUGAAGGAGAACGUGAAGCAAGAAUGUUUACACUUUGGUUAAAUAGUUUAAAUGUCGAACCUGGUGUAUACAACUUGUUUGAAGAUUUGCAAGAUGGUUUAAUAUUAUUACAAGCAUUUGAUAAAGUUGUUCCUGGUAUAGUGAAUUGGCGUUUAGUCAGUAGAAAGCAACCACUUUCACGUUUCAAGCAAAUUGAAAACUGUAAUUACGCUGUAGCUCUCGGACAGGAGCUUCGCUUCUCACUUGUAGGUAUUCAAGGAGCAGAUAUCGUAGAUGGUCAGCGUACUUUAACUUUAGGACUUACAUGGCAAUUGAUGCGUGAAAAUAUUGUACAUACUUUACAAUCACUCAACAAAAAUGGUCGACCUAUCUCAGAUCAUGAUUUAGUACGUUGGGCUAAUGAGACUGUUGUAAGAGGUGGUAAGAACUCAAAGAUGACAUCCUUUAAGGAUAGUAGUCUUAGUACUGGUAUCUUCUUUUUGGAUGUCUUGAACGGUAUCAAGCCUGGUUAUGUAGAUUAUAAUCUUGUGACAGCCGGUAGAACCGAAGAAGAUGCUUUUAAUAAUGCCAAGCUUGCUAUUUCUAUUGCUCGUAAAUUAGGAGCAACUAUCUUUUUGGUACCUGAGGAUAUUGUUGAAGUUAGAGCAAAGAUGAAUUUGACUUUUAUUGGUAGUUUAAUGCAAGUUGAUAGAGAACUUCACAGUCAUGCAUAA